AACCCCCUCUUCGGGUGACUCUCUUUUUCCUGCCUUCCCAUUCCUCAGCUUCGUUUGUGCUCGAUUCCAACCCUCUCAGGCGUCGAGUGGGUGCGGAUCUCUCGUCCACCUUCUUCGCCCGCUCAAAAUCCCACCUUUUUGAGGGCUUGUUCCUGUAGUUGGUUCGGGAUUGGGGCUCUACAGCUCGGAGUUGCGGUGUGUUUUCUGGAGGAUGCUGCUCCCCUGAGGAUUUCGUUGCUGGAGCUGGAGAUCGAGUGAUUGGAUGAGGGUUCGAGUGCUUGGUGGUGGUUUGGUGAGCUGGGUUUUGGAAAUUUCGGAUCUCGAGGCUCGUUUCAGUGGGGAAUUUGUUGCUUAGGGUUUGGGGAGUGUUUUGUGUUUGAUGGGGUUCUAGGAUCUUCGUGGCAGCUGAGAAAUACUGGAAAAUGUUCUAUUCUCAGUUUAUUUUGGCCAAGAAGGGGCCGCUUGGAACUAUAUGGAUCGCGGCGCAUUUGGAGCGGAAGCUGCGGAAGAAUCAGGUGGCGGAUACUGAUAUUGGCGUCUCUGUAGAUUCAAUACUUUUCCCUGAAGCUCCAAUAGCACUUCGGUUAUCAAGUCAUCUGCUCCUAGGUGUUGUGAGAAUAUACUCUCGGAAGGUGAACUAUCUCUUCCAUGACUGCAGUGAGGCUUUGCUUAAGAUAAAACAGGCUUUCAGAUCGACUGCGGUGGAUCUUCCUCCUGAAGAAUCUACUGCACCUUAUCAUUCCAUCACUUUGCCAGAGACUUUUCACCUUGAUGAUUUUGAACUGCCUGAUAGUGCAGGUGAUUUUGUUGAUCAUCAUGUCAGUACAAAAGAGCAGAUCACACUUCAAGAUACUAUGGAUGGCACGGGAUAUUCGACAUUGCAAUUUGGAUUGGAUGAAAGAUUUGGUGAUGGUAAUGCUUCCCAGAUUCGUUUAGACCUUGAUGAGGACUUGUUCUUGGAGGAUAGUCAUCCUUCUUCUCAGCUUGCUUCAAGUAAUGUUGCACCUGGUGAAUGUGCUGUGCACCAGGGUCAAUCUUCAUCCUCUAUUCCUCUAACUCAGAUGGAUAUUGACCAUGACCAAAAUGGUUUAGUUGAAGAUAUUGAUACUGAAGCAACAAAAGAACUUUCUAAUUCGCAUGAGAGGCAUACUCAUCCAAGUAUACUAUGUAUGAAAAAGAAUGACAUAUACAACAUUCAGACUCCUGAUCUCAAUGAAGUCUUUUCUCCAAACGAUCAUGUUGAAGGGCCUUCUGCAGCACCAAGUCAAAGUUUUGUUGGAUCAAUUGCUGAUGGUGUCCCGACACCAGAUCUGGCUGAAUGUCCUCAUGCUCCUCCAACUCCUGGUUUGAUGGAAGAGAUGUUCUUGGGUAACAUGCAUGAAGGUCCUGCUUUGAGUCCCCAGACGAAACCUUCAUCAUCUUUUGAUGAAGUCCUCAAGCAUGGAAAUUCUAACUUGCAGAAUGGACAUCCAGAUUCAGUGACUGACAGUGGUGUCAUGCCUGAGGUGACUGUGGCCCCUGAUUCAGCAAAUAUUGUACAAGUAGUAGUUUCCCCUACUUCAGAACUAGUUGAACAUAAAGAACAGGUAACUGCAACUGUUGAAACUGAAAUGGAAUGUCAACAGAAGAAUUCCAGUGAUUUGCAGAAUGGAUAUGUUUGUAGCGAAACAAAAGACGUAACAGUUGAUGAACAAAUACAAGAUAAUGGAGAGGCCAUGCCUCCUGAAGUAGCUCAGAUUGAAAGUUUAGUAUCUUCCAAUGCCUCAUAUGAAGAAUCAAAUUCAAAAGCUCAUGUGGACAGAUCUCAAGUUGAUACUGAAGUAGCCAUUAGCAAUUCAUGUGGGGUUGAAGGUCAGCCAUCAGGUUGUUGCAGUACAGAACAUGUAGAAGAUGUGAACCCUUCCCUCAAUGGAGAUGCUUCUGCACUUAGUUCAGAUUUUCAUUUGAGAUCCUUUACCUCAGAAAUCAAUCAAGUCAAAAUACUCUCUGCACAAGAUAAGACUUCAGCACAAAACAUUUGUGGAGUUUCAAUUGAAGAACCAAGUGUUCCUUCGCAAACACCAGGGCAAGAGAAUAAGCUGCAUGAUAGUGAAUCUUCAUUUGAGUUGCAAGGCAAAGAUUCUAAUGGUGCUAAUACUACAGAUGCUGAUCUGGAGGUAAGGGAAAACCCCCAAGAUGUACUGACAGGAUCUGCUGUAGACGUUAGCAACACAGAUGAGUUAUUGGCUGAUCUAUCUCAAAAAGACACCCAAAAGAAUCAGUUGAACUGUUCUUUGAGUUCUGAAUUCCCUGAACCUGAAAAGAUGCUCUUAGCUUCUACUGGAGAUGUUGACCAUGCAAAUGAGUUAAGCCAGGUAACUGAAGAAAAGGGAGUCAUAGAGUCUGAUGGUAGUGUUAACAGGAUCACAAGUCUCUCUGGGAAAAAGCGCCGUCCGAUGGAGACUAUAUCAGCUUUGCAAAAUGGUAGCUCAGGGAAAAUAUAUGGAAGGUCACGAUUGAGAAAAAACACUGAAUAUGUUCCUGAUGAUGAUGAUUUGUUGGCAUCUAUAUUAGUUGGGAAAAAGACUCCACUUUUGAGGAUAGGGUCUACACCUCCCCAUAAGGCAACUUCUCCAAAACGUCCUCGAUUGGCACCAAGAUUGUGCAUACCAAAGAGGAAGGUGCUGUUGGAUGAUACUACAGUCUUGCAUGCUGAUGCAAUAAGGCAGCAGCUAAUGAAUACUGAAGACAUACGACGCAUGCGCAAGAAGGCACCAUGUACACGUCCUGAAAUUUGGAUGAUUCAGAAAAGUUCACUAGAAGAUGAAAUUUUCAAUGAACCUAUGAUGACUGGUAUAUCAUCCAUAAUGAACGACUUACACACCCGAAGAUAUGAUCCUGAAACUACCCGAAAUUAUUCCUGUGAAAAUAUUGAUGGUCAAAUGCAAGGACCAUCUCAUGUUUCUUUAACAGCUGAGGUGCAGAGCAGCACGAGCAAGAACGGAUGUGAUGAUCAAAAGCAUUCUGUACCUUUCCUGCCUCUGCUGGAGCACUCAGGUAAUGAUGGAUCAUGUAUGAUGUUGCCGACAGAAAUCAAUAAUGGUAAAGAUGCUGGAGUUGGUACUCCCAUGCCUUCAGCUGCACCUUCUAGUGAAUAUGAGCAGCCUAGAGAUGGUUCUUCUGUGAUGAAUGAUGAGGCAAAACAUUUCACUGAAAAUGAUUGUACAAUAGAUUUAGCUUCUGCUGGUGGUGAUUCCAAGGACAGGAUGGUUGAUAACAAUGCACUUGCAAUUGCGGAUGAUGAUCAUAUAAUGCAUAUUGAAGAAGCUCAUGCCUCCAAUGAUGCAUCCACUGUGGACAGAGGAAUGGGGCCGCCAGAUGCUAUAACCUCAAGUGACCCGCAAGAUAUGUGUGCUGUUGCGGAGGCUAAUGGUGAGGCAUUGAUCUCUGAGCUCGAUAAUGUUAACCGUGAAUCGGAGGGACAUUUGGUAACUGAUCCGGUUCCUGGAACUGAUGAUCGUAUUAUAGAAGGAGAAAUAGUGGGUGCAAAGGUGGAGAAUGAAGAGAAAUUGAUGCAUGAGGGAAACCUUAUCAGUGAUGUUAUAUGUUCUGAAAGGCUUGAAACGGUUUCUUCAUCUCCGAGUCAGAUAAAUAAUGAGAGUGGAAAUGUUCCAUCAGCCUUAAGAGAAAACUCUAGCUUUCAGGAAUUUAUCCCAGAUGGUGGUAUAAUUGUUGAAAGCACUCCCAUGGAUUUGGUUACUGGAAAAGAGUGUAGCGACUUUUGCAGCACAAUUGAUGGUAAUGAUACAGAGUUUCUUAAUGUAGAUGAUGAAAUCGAUUACCAUGAAGGAGAUGACUAUGUGCCCAAUGCUGAAGGUGGAUCACUCGAAAACAGUGGUUGGUCUUCAAGGACAAGAGGUGUAGCACGGUACCUGAAAAUUUUGUUUGAUGAAGAAUUUGGGCGUGGGAGAAAAUCUGUUGCUAUGGACCAGCUUAUAGCAGGCAAAACUCGCAAAGAAGCAUCAAGAAUGUUCUUUGAAACCUUGGUCCUGAAAUCAAAGGAUUUUAUUCAAGUUGAACAAGAGAGGCCUUCUGAUUACAUCACCAUUAGACCUAGAUCAAAGCUUCUGAAGGCAGAGUUCUAAUAACGGAUGAGGGGUUGCAUGUCAUUUGAAUGUACUUUGAGCUUUAUGCUUCUUCCAGAUGCUUACUCCACCCUUAUUUGUUGUCAAGUUACCUCAUUUAUAAAAUAAUGUUUUUGUUAUUUCCCUCUUUUCUCUUUUAUGAUCUCUUAGAUGGGGUGGAGUUUGUUGCUGUAUCAGUACACUAAAUAUAUCUUUGUAUUUAUAUGUGUAAAUUAAAUCAUCUCAUGUUGGUAUUUGGGUGUA